AUGUUAUCUUGGAUAGUUCUAAUAUUAUUUUACUUAAAUUAUUCUAAUAGGAAUAGUUAUGCUCAAACAUUAAGUAGAAGUAGUAGUGGGUGGGAUUUACAGAAUAUUAUUUGUCAAUCAAAUUCUAAAAGCAAAAUAUAUAAGCCAUGUUUUGGAGAUAUAGACCUUAACAGUAAAGUAUUAAAUGAAAUGAAUAGAAGAAAAAUCUUUUUUGAUAGAUCUGUAAAAAAAACUGAUAUCAAAUAUGGUGAAGAGAAUCCUAAAAUAAAAAUAAAUGAAGUUGAUAUUAGUAAUGAUUCAAGGUUAGAUUUACUCAAUACUAGUUCAAUUGAUUCAGAAAAAGAUACCAAUGGACAAGUAACUUAUACAUCUGAAAAGUUAGAUGUCUCAAGAGAUGGUAACAUGGAUAAUCAUUAUUUGGUAGAUACUGAACAAGAGGGUAUAUUGCGUGGAACACCUAGUAGAAGAUAUCAACUUCCAGAUUUACCAACUUUUUCAAUAGAAGAAAAAGUUAAUAUGCUCUUUGGACUUAAUAAACCUGAUUAUAGUACCGCAGUACAAUCUUCUUUAAAAUAUACAGGUCCAAAAGUGUCCAGUGCUUCUUCACUAAAUAGAAGAGAACCAAAAAUUGAUGAUAAUAGAACUAAUAAAUAUGAAGAUAAAAAUACUCAAUAUAAUUACUCUAAUAAAGGUAGCACUGAAUCUAUAGACUUUUACACUCUACCUGUUGAUAACAGCAAAAUUGAUCAAUUAGUAUAUAUAAUGAAUCGGAAAGCCAAAUCAGAUACUAUAGAGGCUAGUCGAGAGAAAAUUUUGAGAAAUAGGGAAUUAGACAAAAUUGACAAAUUUGUCCGUGAUAAGGCAUUAUCAUAUUUAGAAGCUGAGCAGAAACAAUAUAAUGAAAUUUCUCCUACAGAUGUAAAUUCAAUGCAAGAAAUUAUUGGAUCACUUCCUCCAAAAGUUGUUAGUGAAAUACCUUUAAGUUUAUCACAAGAAAAAUUUAUUGAUAAAGUUCAAAAAGAAAUAAAGGGAGCGAAUAAUAAAUACAAUAAUAGUGAAGAUGUCCGAAAUAUUCGACAACUUGAAAUGCUAGAAGCAAGAAAGAAAUACAUAACUUCACAUUUUCCUAGUAGUAUUAAAUCAAAAGAAUUAGUGGAUGAAAUUAUGAAUAUGGAAAAACAACGUGCACCAAAAAUACCCAAUAAUAAAGAGAAAAAAAAAGAUGAUUUAGAUGAAACAAACAAAAUAAAAGAGCUUAAACAUAAAGAUAAAAUUUUACAAAUGAGAGAGCUCGAUACUAUAAAUGAGUCGAAAUCUAAAGUUAAAUUUUCUACACCUUCAAAGACUUCCGUAACUGUAGCUAGACUGAAAUAUACACAACCUAACAUAUUACAAAAGGGCAAAGUAACAGUAGAUCGUUACAAUGGAAAAAAUAAUAAUAUAAAUACUAGUAAAAAAAUUCCAAAUAAAAGUAUUUCUCUUGUAUCAGUUGGAAGGCUACGGACGCCUACUCCAAGUGUUUCUGCUGAAUCUCUGACUCAGAAAUUCCGAUCCAAUAUAGAAUUUGAUAAUAACCAAAAAAAUAAAAUUAUAGAGUUACUAAAAUCACAAAAUUCAAAUUUGCAAUAA